AUGGCCGACGAAGAGAUUAACUACGAGAGCGACGAGGGAUUAGAUUCUCUUUUCUUUACCCGCCCCAAGGGCCCGAAUCCCCCGCCCACGCCGUAUCUCUACGUGGCAAACUGCGGUGCUGAGGCGGAGAUGACGUAUGCAGCCCUUGCUGACGUGUUCUCCUCCUUCGGCCACGUCCGCCGCGUCAUCCCCGCCGGCGCCGCGAACCUCACCCGCUGUUUUGUCGUUUUCGGCGGGCGCUCGCGCGCGGAAGCCUCCGCCGCGGCGGAAGCGGCGCUGCAGGCGCUGAGCGGAAAGCCGUGCGCGGAAGCGGGCGGGAGGAAGAUGCACAUCCAGUUCGCCGUGGGGAAGCGAUCCGCGCCGGUGGAGCAUCCGGUGGUUCACCACAAUGUCGACGCGCUCGCUAUACCGGGGCUGUUCCUGCACCUCGAUUUUGUCACACCCGAGAUGGAACAGAGCCUUUUGGAUUUUGCGGAUGGCAACGACUGGCAUUAUCUGACAAAGAGGCGCGUGCAGCACCAUGGUUACGCCUUCAACUACACUGUAUGCAAUAUAAGUGGAAAUGAUUUGUUAGGAGCCUUAAACAUGGACGUAUAG